CUUCCAUGAGUCUGCAAGUGGGACUGCUCGCUGUUUUCUCCAAAAGUCUGUUUAUAAUCAUCAUCUUUACUGAUGUUUGUCGCCUUUCGUUGGGACAGUGAAGGGGGCAGUGAGGGUCAUGACCGAUUAUCUUCAUUUAAUCAAUUGGUACUCGAAGGAAUCCACAGAAAAAUGAAGAUCAUGAUUGUGUCUUUGUUACUCGUGUGCGGUGUGUUUUGUGUUGAUGCAGAUGAAGUGAAGUCAGUGUCAGUGAUGGAGGGAGAUACUGUCACACUACACACUGAUCUCACUGUCAUACAGACAUCUGAUGUGAUACAGUGGAGGUUUGGAGAAGGUGAAUCCAGGGAUCUUUUAGUUGAUAUUGCUCAAAACUGUAUCAGAUAUAAUGGUCCAUUCAAAGACAGACUGCACGCAGACAUUCAGACUGGAGAUCUCACCAUCACAAACAUGAGAAUCAAACACUCUGGACCCUAUGAAGUACAGAUCAGCAGAGCUACAACAACAUACAAGAGAUUCAGAGUUAAUGUCACAGUUGCUCCAAGUGUUAUCAGUGCUGGUGAUGUGAAGUCAGUGAUUGAGGGAGAUUCUGUGACUCUACACACUUAUGUCCAAACACAGAGAGAUGAUCUGAUACUGUGGAGGUUUGGAGAUGAUGGUGUUCUGAUAGCUAAAGAGGAUAAAGAAGAAAGUAAGAGCUCAAUAUAUGAUGAUGUUCUUGAUGGGAUGUUCAGAGACAGACUGAAGCUGGAUCCUCACACUGGAUCUCUCAUCAUCACAAACACUAAAACCACAGACACUGGACUUUAUAAACUAAAGAUCAGCAGCAAUAGAGACACAAAAUACAAGACAUUCAGUGUUUCUGUCAGUGAUGGAGGUCUAUCUUCAGGAGAUGUAGUUGGAAUAGUGUUUGGUGUCCUGCUGUGUAUUGUUGUUGUUGUGUUUGUGUUUCGCCGCAUUAAUUAUGAACGUCAGAAACGAACGGUUAAAGAAAUGCCUGGAAAGAACAUGAAUUCUGUCACUCUAGAUUUCAGUGUAAAUAUAGUCCAGUCUGAUGAUGUCAUCGAGUGGAGCUUUAGAGAUAAAGUGAUAGUCAUAUUCAGUAUGAACAACAAGCUCUUUACUGAUGAACAGAGACUCAGAGAUAGACUGCAGGUGGAUGAUCAGACUGGAUCUCUCAUCAUCACAAACAUCAGAACAGAAGACGCUGGACUGUAUAAAGUAAAGAUCAGCAGCAGCAGUCGACUGAAAUUAUUCCUUAAGUUCAUCACCGGUGGAGGACCGUCAUACUAUCAAUUCAGUGUUAUUGUCACAGAUAAAGAGAGGAAAGAAUCAGAAGAGUCUGAACAUUCUGUUCCUCCAGAGAUUGAAACUGAAAUGGAGACUGGUGAUGUGAGAGCAGGUGCUUCAUCUACUGUUGAGGUUAUUCAGUUGAAAGUUUUGGUCAGGGAUUCAGCAGGAUCCACAGAAGAUGAAUUAAUAACAGUUGUGAAGCCUUUACUGAAGAAAGCAGAAGAUGUAGUUUGAUCAGCUGAUAGAUGCUCAACAUCAAAGGCCAGACCAUUGAUCUUGACUAGGUUACAGGCCAGGGGUCUCUCUCUUCAACCUUAUAGGAAAUAAUGAUUCUUCACACAUGGCAACACGCCUUGAUCUUUAGGCAGAGAAUCCAGAGAAGGAGUUCACCGGUGGCUAUGUGGCUUGAUCCUCUGCCCAUUUGCCGUCACAGGGUGGCGCCCUUCGAUAGGCCAAAUAGAGUAGAGAGGAUUCACAUCCCCGCGAAAAACAUUUUCUUAAUACACCGCUGUAUUAUUCCACUCUUUUUAUUAUUUCCACUCUCAACGGUAAUUAAAAUAUGCGGUAAUAUGGGCGUUAUUUUCACGGUAAACCAUUAUAAACUGAUGAUAAACUCAGUUUGUCAGACAACACUGGUGAAGCAUCACCAACACACCUACAUUCAAACACACUUUCGGGUCGUGCCGAUCCAAUGUGGCCCGAGGGGGCGAUACCAUUGUGUUAAGUGUCUUUGGUGUUUUUUGUGCAUAUUUGUGUACAAAGUUUAUAGAUUAAAAUAUUAAGUUAAGAAUGA